AUGGACGGCGGCGUCAGCGUGCGCAACGAUCGCAUGGGGAUGGCCGCGGGAGGUGGCAAGGCGGACGCGGCGAGCCACGAGGGCGGCGCGCAACAGGCGGCGAGCGGCAGCCCGUUAGAGGGGCCGGUGUGGGUGGAGGCGAGGGCCAGCUGUGCGCACAUACACGCCAUCACCACGCUGGGCGACCUGCCCUCCACGCACGCGCUCUGCAAGCAGUGCGGGUGUGCGGCGGACAACUGGGUGUGUCUGUCGUGUGGCGUGGUGGCGUGCGGGCGGUCAGAGGGCGCUCACAUGGUGAAGCACUUCUACGCCACAGGCCACCCACUCGCUGCUGGCUUCAGGGAUUCGUCGGUGUGGUGUUUCCAGUGCGACUCCUACCUGGACGCUUUAAGAAUACCAACCCUUCGCCCUCUCUUCCACUCCCUCUAUCGCUCCAAGUCUGGUCAAUACUCCGAUCUGUCCCUGCACUCUCACGCCCAUUCACCCACCUCUGCCUCAGCAUCGGCCACAGCAUCUCUAAGUUAG